AUGCUACUGAAACCGAAGCUAUCUCGGAUAUCUGCACUCAUAUCCACUCUCAAUAUCUUAGUUUGUCAAGCCGCAUGGGUCAGGAAGUUUGGGUGCUGUUCAACUGAGACAUGUAACCCACUGGACGGCCCGUUUCGUGUCGACAAUCUGCACGGCACGUUGGAAGAAUUUGACAAUUCUGCAGUAUUGUCAUUGUCAAUAUUAGCAAUCCACGAUACAGCACGAUUCACAUGCAGCGAUCUCGACCUAGCAUGGCUGGAGGCUUCCUUGCAUUUCAAUGUGCUCGGUAUUCCAGUCGGACACGUAAAAAACUUUAGCUCGAAUUGUCCUCUGCCGAUCACUAAGUACCUGACACCUCCAGAAGGCUCUCUCUUCUCGAGGUACGAGUUCUUCUAUUCCCUUGGAAAUGCCCAUCGACUCCAAACCAUCGUUUCAGAUGUCAAGUUCCGUACCCGUGAUGGUGUCCAACUUGAGUGUGUGACACCCAAAAUCACUCCGGAUAUCGGCCCAGCAGCCUCAGCAACCUUCACCUAUCUCGCCGCUGCUGUGAUGGUCCUCGUUGGCAUCGCAUCCUGGAAAACCCACGCAAAUGAUGGAUCCAUUAUGUCAACUGAGUCUAGCUCACCCUGGUCUAUCCUGGGUAUAGUUUGGAGAAUCACACUGGACAUAUCUGAAUACCUACGGUAUCUGCAGUUCAUAUUUUUGGCUGCGUCUCUUAGCUUGGAGUAUCCGGGGUUCUAUAAACCAAUAGUCAGCAAAGUGGCCUGGGCUUCACUUCUCUAUUGGACCGGGCCUAUCAACCACGGCUUUACUUACCCUGGAAUUGAAGAUGGACUUUAUUCCCUCAAUGGAACCUACGGGCUUGAGUACAUGUCGCAAACCCUUGGUUUUCCUGCCAUGCCGGAUAUCAUGAUAAAUUCAUUUAUCAAUCUGUUCAUUCUCAUAUUUGGAGUCAUGUUCGGCAUUUUGAUCCUGCUUCUGAUUACGUCGCAAUUCGGUGGGGGGAUACACCUCGGUUCGGUGACUUGGGACGCAGGAAUCGUCCUCAUUGGCAUGAUUCUGUCGCUAUUCAGCCUCCCUCUACUAUCCUUUAUGUCCUAUGAGUUGAUUCUCGUUGGAUACCUGCCGAACUACCGCAUCAUUAUAGUCGGAUUCUCGAUAGCAGUUAUCGUUUUUUCAAAUCUGCACAUCACUCGCCACAUCAAUCGCCAAACCGAGCCUAUUGAUUGCUCAUCCCCAGACAACUUUGCUCAGAGCGGCAGGUUGGCCAUGUGUUUGUGGAAGGCUCAGCGAUAUUUCACACAAUAUCUGCCAGCUGCAGUUCCCCUGUUGCAAAGUAUUGCAAUUGGUGGAUUGCAAGAUUGGGGGCUCGUACAGGUCCUCGUGCUAAUGGGGCUCGAGAUUAUCCUUCUCCUACAUAUGGCUAUGUCACUUCGUGGCAAGCUUCUUGUGUCUCCGUCUGCUUGGUGCACUGUUGCUCGUCUGUUGGUCAUCUCACUAACCAUCACUUUCGCUUGUUCGUCGAAUGAAACAACGAAACAGUGGGUCGGCUACAUAAUGCUGUGUUCUCACGGUACUGUGAUUAUUUUCGGCUUCCUUUCUGUUGCCAUUUGGCGGCUGGCACGGCCAGUUGUACGGGACGAUGGGUCUAUCCCGAGACCCCGAUUCAGUCAAGGAAGCGUGUCAAACCCUCCGUCUUCAUCUCCUGACAUAUUCCAAAAUGGUGCCCCGAACCGGUAUAUGGCAUAUCCGUUGAAUAAAAUUGGUGCACCUUCACAAAAAAGGACUUCCCCUUCGCUACAUAGCUCCGACGGCGCAGUAACCGCUGGGAGAUCGUUUUCUCCAUUCGAUGCCCCUGAAAACUUUGCGUCCAUUCACGGACCAACGCCAAUCAAUGGAAGAUCUUACAUUACGGAUUUUUCUGCUUUUUACAGGCAUCCACGACGUCCUAACUCUCCUAUGCCUGUCCAAAGAGAUUCACAAGGCCGAUCAUCUACCCACCAUACCUCGGAUGAAGGUCCUAGUGAACAUUCGCGGAGUGAUACACCUCCAUCGGAACCGUCUCAAGACUCAUUUGAUGAGCUUAUAGACACGCCCAUCAAUCCCAAUACUGACUAUUCAUUGAGGGAAUCAGAUGCUUUCUAUGGCACAUUACGCACCAGCUUUAACUCGCAAGUGGCAGAUUCGCCUGGACCGGCAACCCAAGAAAGGCGGAACAUCCUUCAGGAAUGGACAGCCAGGGCUGUAGAGACGUUGAACCAUCCUAUGAAGAAGAAGGAAAAGGGAUUCCAGGUGAUGAGACCUCCACGGCAGGGUUGA